AGCUGAUUGCACUCACAUGACUCCUCUCCUGGUUUUGGUUCAGUCCUGCUCACCGGUGCCGUGAAAGACCCCCCGAGAACCAGCUUUCCGCGGCGGGAACCGUGAUGUGAGAGCUCGUUUAAGAUCCCCACGGAGAAGAUAAAUGGCAGCGGGAGUUCCCACGGAGAGCUGACCGACUGAGCGCGCAGGAAAGCGGGCACCGCGGGGUGAGCUGGGCGGCGUCUGCGGGUGUCGGUGAGCCGAUCGCUGCGGGUUUUUCGGGCACAGCUGUUCUCGUUCACUUCCUCAGGGAGUUCAGACAAACCUCCAGGAUGAGUCCAGAGGGGAAGAAGCUUUUGAACAUCAUCAUCCUCGGCUUUGGCUUCAUGUUCAUGUUCACAGCGUUUCAGACAUGUGGCAACAUAGAGCAAACCGUCAUCAAGAGCUUCAACAGCACCGAGUUCCACGGGAGCGGAUACACCAGCAUGGCCAUCAUCUACUGCGUUUUCUCCGCCUCCAACCUCAUCGCCCCGUCGGUGGUGACCAUCAUCGGGCCCCAGCUCUCCAUGUUCAUCAGCGGGCUUUUCUACAGCGCGUACAUCGCCAUGUUCAUCUACCCGUACACCUGGAGCUUCUACACGGCAUCUGUGCUGGUCGGAAUAGCAGCAGCAGUGCUCUGGACGGCUCAGGGGAACGUGCUCGCCAUCAACUCCACCGACAGCACCAUUGGAAGGAACAGCGGCGUGUUUUGGGCGCUGCUGCAGUUCAGCUUGUUCUUUGGGAACCUCUACAUCUACUGCGCCUGGCACGGACACGUCCACAUCACAGACAAGGACCGCCGGACCGUGUUCAUCUCCCUGACGGUCAUCAGCCUGGUCGGCUGCUUCCUCUUCUUCCUCAUCAGGAAGCCUGAUCCCGAAUCUGCUUCUUCUUCCGACGUGACGGAGCCGCUGCUGCAGGACGAAUCCAGCGACAGCUCCGCGUCCAGCUUCCGGUGCUCGGACCUCUGCUCUCAGGCGCUCGAUGCUUUUGUCAGAGCCUGUAAAAUGUUCGUCACCAAAGAAAUGCUGCUGCUGAGCAUCUCCAUCGGAUACACAGGUUUGGAGCUCACCUUCUACAGCGGCGUUUACGGCACGUGUAUCGGCGCCAUGACGAGCUUCGGCCAGGAUGCAAAGAGUUUGAUCGGGAUCUCGGGCAUCUGCAUCGGCCUGGGCGAGAUCUUAGGUGGCAGCGUGUUCGGGAUGCUCAACAAACGCAUCCGCUUCGGCAGGAACCCCGUGGUCCUGCUCGGCCUCUGCACCCACAUUGUUGCCUUUUUCCUGAUUUUCCUGAACAUCGCUGCCGACGCUCCUCUGGCCCCCGAAGAAGGAACAGACAGGCAGGCCUACAUCACCCCCAGCGUGGGCGUGGCGUUGCUCUGCAGCUUCCUGCUCGGUCUGGGCGACAGCUGCUUCAACACGCAGCUCCUCAGCAUCGUCGGCUUCAUGUUCCGCGACAACAGCGCUCCCGCCUUCGCCGUCUUCAAGUUCAUCCAGUCCAUCAUGGCCGCUCUGGCCUUCUACUACAGUAACUACCUGCUGCUGCACUGGCAGCUGCUCAUCCUGGUCCUGGUGGGUUCUCUGGGCACGAUAACCUUCUUCAAGGCCGAGCAGAUGGCCGAGUCCAGCAGGCGGGAGUCAGACUACGACAGCAUCUGAUCCGGUCGGGAUGACGAGGGCACAGCUGGAGGCGUUUCGCUCUCCACAGCCUCGCGCAGGACGACGCGUCGUCUGUGGUACGAUUGGAAAUAUCCGAGACCGGAGCCGAACGCUGCUCCGGAUCUCAACAUUUGUCUGAUUAAAGGGAACCGCAGCGCCACGUUUACCUCCUUCACUCUCAGAACUUUAUUUGUUCACUCGAUUUUGAGUCUGUCUGAAAAUAAAUUUAAAGCACUUUCUAUUCACAGCCUGACGGAGAAAAUAAAGGUAAUAUUCUCAAAGCUAAUGCAGCGGGGAGGGGGCGGCAAAUCCCACAGAAAGACUUCGAUUAAAAUCAGCUGACCUCGUGGCUGCCAGUCUGAUGUGAUUAUGAUGAUGAUUAUGUUCCUAAUUAUGGCCCCGUUAGAGUCAGAAAGGAGGCUGAAGCCGGGGGGGGGGGGGGGGAGUCAGAUCUUGUUUCUGCAGCAGUCCAUCUUUUAUAUACAGUCGUUGGUUCCCAUUGGUUUUUUUUGAGACAGAAUCAGGGGCGGCCCCUGAAGGCCACACCAGUGAUUUAGUAUCUCCAAAGUUUGGGGGCUCACAAAAAUGCCGGCUUCUACAAAUCCCAUAAUGCAACAUGUCAGACUCCAUUGAACCGUUUGUUUUUUUUAAAGCCACCUGUGGGGUUAUUAAACAAAAGGGCGCUGUUUUCACUCUGACUCAGCGACUCUGAGCAGCUUUCAGUGUUUGAACUGAUCUCAGUCGUUCAGUUUUACUCGUUGUAAGUCUCCCUGUUUAAAAAUAAAAUGAAUUAAAGUGACUUUCUGUCAGCUGAGCUGGUGCGAUCAGUCCCUCUAACCUGUUUAACCAGUUAAACCAUUAAGACACGUUCUUGCUCGCAGUGCUGGGCUUUGGUGAGUGAAAUGCUGCCCCCUGGUGGUGAAAGCUCAGCGUGCAGCGGGUAGACGCAGAAGGCAGCUGUGUGAAGGGUGAACCUCUUCAGGCUCGGUCUCCUUUCACUCUGACCUCAAACUGAUGCCGAAACAGCGCUUCCUGUGAUGUUGGAGGAGCAAACUCAGAGAUGCUGCAGUUUCUUCUUCUCUCUGUUCCAAGUGUCAAAACAUGAACUGCAUCAAACUAUUCUACUUCAUUUAUAGCUAAAUCAAAUAUUGAGUUGGGUUUGCUCAAGUUUUGUUUCAUGUUGUGGCUGCAAUGGAUGCAAUCAAAGGAUGAUUAAGGGAUGUGUACCAAAAGGUGAUUUUGUACUUGAAUGUAAUAAUUAAAAGUG